AUGCCUUUGCCAGCUGUUGUAAUUUUCGAGGAUAAUGAGCCCCUCUACCGGGCAUGCCCGGCACUGAGUAUCAUAAGACAAGAAAACAGCGUUCCUGACGUUCAACUAAGGGUAGGCGGUAUAUUCCCUGUCAGCGAGAAUAAAAAUCGCAGUUGAACGACAAGCAUGUAAUCAAUGUCCACAGGAUCAUAAUCGCCGCCCGGAUUCCCGGCUGGAAAGACCAUUUUGGAGGGCCCGUUGAAGGUGGCAUUAUCUCGUUUGGGGAACAGACGCACAAACAAAAGUACUCCCUCUAGCGGCUUCGGUUAUAACAAUUUUUCGAAGCAUAAUCAAAGACCUCAUCGACUAUGCUUAUACCGGACAAAUCGAAAUAUCACUUAAAAACGUGGAAGACCUCCUGUAUUAUGCGGUGAAUUUGGGCCUCAUUCAGGUCGAGAAGUGUUGCUAUCGUUUUCUGACCAACCGGUAGGAGGAUUUACUUCCAGCAUUUGAGCUGAAUUUCUUACCUACAUUCCAGUCUUACAUUAGAGAACCUUCAUUUUGUGAUGCGCAUUGCGAACAACGUGCAGGCCAGUGUUUUGCAAAGUGCCUGCUACAACCUAAUGAGGAAUCAAUUUGAGAAUUUUGUUGGUCUCGAUGUGUUCUAUCAUCUGUCAUUGGAAAACCUCUUAUACCUUCUGAGGAGCAACAACCUUGGAGUUCAUAGUGAAGAGCAAGUCGUUAAUGCAAUAUGCGACUGGGUUCUUGCAGAAGGCUCGCACCAGACUGGUGAGGCCUGUGCUGAGAGCCGCAUGGACGCCCUGCCGCAGUUACUGGCCGAAGUACGUUGGCAAAAUGUCGGCAGCGAGUUUCAGUCUGAUCUACUCCGAAGGCGUUCUCAACUUGAAAAAUAUUCUCGGGCUAGGUAGGGUUAAACUCCUCAAUUCUGAAAUGUUCAGAAAACUACUGAACGAGAUGGAAAAGUGGAUUGACCUUGCUCAUAAUGAUACCACAGGAACAACGGCAAAAAUGCACCCAUUUAAUUCCUCUGAUCGGUUCUAUAUGGAGAACGUCUUGGUGACCAUUGGCACGCCGAGGCUUGGAGACCGGCGAGAAUGGGUUCUGCAAAUUUAUGAUCCGGAAAAUGAUAAAGAUGCAAUAAUUAGUCGCAUUAAGCGGCGUAAAAACGCCUCAGUCGUCAUGUAUGAUGGUAAGCAACCCAGUUGCAUCUAAGUAAAUCAUAGAUCUGUCAAUUGCACCUUUGGACUUACUGCUACAGGUAGUCGGCAUCUCGUUAGAAUCACUCACAUGCUUAUUUAUUCCUAAACGAAGCUGACACGACUAAUUUCUAAAUAGAUCAAUUUGGUGACCCCUCCCUAGUCACGUCGUUGGAAAAUUUAGAAUUUUCAUGCAAAUUCACUGAAUUUCGAAUAGAUUAGUAGGCGCAGGCCGAAAGUGACGCGAUAUGUAUAGUGGAAAAAAGCGCAGCUGUAGAAUAAUUCCGGAAAAUACUCAACACGUGAUGUUUUUGUAUUUCUUAUUAUAUUCCCCGCAGAUUUUAGUGUUUUGGUCUAAACAUACACUAAACCUCUCAAUCCCUCCUGUAGGCCUGCCAAACAGGAGGAAAGAUAAAUGGUCUGACGGGGAAAUCGAUGUUAACUUAAGUGUUCUCUAAGAUUCUGCAUUGUUACUAUUUUUAGAUGAUGCUAGGAUAUUAGGCUUCCUUGUGGCGCACAGCUUCACCUUGUGAGGAAGUUGUGCUGCCUUAAUUUAUUAAACCUUAAUGACAUGCUUCGGACAUUCACGAUGCAACCGUGCGUAAAAACACGAAGCUCAUGGCCUAACUUCGCGCAUCACCUUCCCUUCAAUUCAGUUACCUGUGUGGAGUACUGCUUUUGAACUUUCUUUAAAUAGAUCAGAUCUAUAUAAUCGGAGGAGUUGUUGGGGAUCGUAAUACAAACAUGGUGAAAGCCUUCAGUGUGAAAACUCAUCGCUGUCGGUUGGCUGCUCCAAUGUCAGUGGCACGUGGUGAGGCCACUGCCUCCAGGGUCGGUGAUGCGAUCGUGGUCUGCGGAGGGAGUGGUGUCGAAUGUGAAGAAGUGGCGUCAUGCGAACUGUUUAUACCGAAGGAGGAUAGGUAGGUGCAUUCAGAUUCUCUUUAAAGCUACUAAAAUGUAAUAUGUGGCAUUUGGAGCCGGGCUAUUUGCGAAAAACCAAGUUUGUCCUGCUAAUUUUUUAAAUUAUUGACCCCAACAUAUCGUCUAACCCUGAAACGUCAUGUCUAGGACACUUAUCUCCAUGUCCUGCCUUUAAUGACUUCUGUAAUUGUUCUUUUGAUGCUCCUCUGGAGUUCAAAUGCCAGAAAAUUCUUGGUGAACGUUGGGGACACACUGAAGGGCAGAACGCCUCACAGCAUACGGCACCGAAACAUCGGUGAAACACAAUUCUAGGCUUUUACCUAAUAUUAAUACUGGGAGUGCGGUAAAACAUCUUUGGUGCCCAAAAUUUAUACUUAUUGAAGUGCUGCUUGGUUGUGGAAUAGGCAUUUAGUGGUCAUUCCACAAAAGUCAGAUGUCUCUAACUCAAAUAUUUAUGGAAAUUUCAGGCCUGACACUAAAGGAACCAUCCUCUUACAUCUAUAAUCCUGUCCCACCGGGAAUAAGCUCUGAAAUUAUUAACUUUGUAUAUAUAUAUAUAUUCAUGGAUGUUUUGGCAGAUUUUUGAAGUAUUCAUAUUGACCCAACUGUGAAAAACUCGGCGCCUCGGUGGGAUUCGAAUCCACGCAGUAAGGGGAAGGCUUUAGCGCAGCCAACGCUCUAACCACCUGAGCUACGAGGCCCCGCCGGACGACGCGGGUUUAAUCACAUUUGGGUCAAGUUACCCGCCCAACCUACUGCAACGUCUGGAAUCCACCAAAUCUGAUACAGUAAGUUGACUGCCCAAGCAGGAUUUCCUAAGUACUUCACCUAGAAUCCACCAGAUGACUACCAGGCUCGCGUAAUUCAUGGAUGUUUUGGCAGAUUUUUGAAUUAUUCAUAUUGACCCAACUGUUAGAGCGUUAACUGCGCUAAAGCCUUCCCCUUACUGUGUGGGUUCGAAUCCCACCGAGGCGCCGAGUUUUUCACAGUUGGGUCAAUAUGAAUAUAUAUAUAUAUAAUGGUAGAAUGACGCACAUCAGUCGCGUUACGGAACUCACUCAUUCUGUUGUGCUUUGGGGCUCUCUCUCUCGAGUUCCAUCAUCAGCCACAUGAUAUGUGCAGAAUGGCAUUACCGACAAAGAAAAGUAUAGUUUCUGCAUGCUGUACGAAAGAAGUUCGUUGGAAAGCCAGCAUCCGGAGUUGAAUGAACUAUUAUAGAAUUAUGCUGCAUGAUGAUCAGUUCUACAAAUCUACUUAAACAUGUUUUUCGAAACGAAAACGCAUUUCGGAAUUUCGGCUGACAUUUGAUGAGUUAGCCCACCUACUGUAUAUGCUCGAUUGCAAUUGACAGGCGAAAGGGCCCGUGGCGCAGCGACUAGGGCUUUGGACUUAUGACCGACAGUUCGCUGGAUCGAGCGCCAGGUAUAAAUACUCGGGCUGAUGACAGCCAAUAAGUCAGGAAUGGCCGUCCCAGUCUCCUUUGUCCUUAUCGGCGGUGUAACUUUGCAUAUAUACAUGUGUAAAUUGGGUGCGUGCAGAUCGGUACUGCCUUUCCCUCGAGCGCCCCUUGUCAGGGUUAGGAUAUUCUUUAUUUUUUGUAUCCUGAGAAUUUCUCGAUCUUCUGCUUCAGAAAUCAUCAUCUGGGAUUUGUGAUGGACAAGAAAGGAUGACGCCCGUUGCCGCAUGGCGUGUUUGCAUUCUUCAUUUGCCUCGCACUUCUGCAGUGCAUAUUCAGAGGAUGCCAGUAAGUCUUCUGGUCGAGCAGCUGUCAUGCUAAACUUGAUGACACGAAACUCAGCACGAGAAAUGCUCGACCAGAAGACUUCGACGGCCAAGGAUGAACAUUCUGGUCUUGUCUUUUUCAGCAUCACCUUAUCUACCGUUUACCGCUAGUAACUUUUCAACUGCCCGCGAGGAUUCCAGUCUAAGCUCCAAGGCAAAACGGAGCAAAUAAGUCCAGUUAACGAGACUUACAGGUCCAUGGGAUUCAAUCUAGAGCCCCCAAAAGGUCUCAGUGGGGAUGGGUGUGGAUGGGUACUGCAUUAUUCUAGCUUUAUCCCGUCUUCUUUCGUCACUAAUAAUCUUGAACACCACCAAAACCUAAAAAUAAAAGUAUGCGCACCCGCAAUGCAAAUGGUCCACAUUUGGCAGAACGACCAAAUGGCAUCUAGAAAUCAUUUAUCCAAAUUUCACACGUAUUACAACAAAAUAUAAAUAGCUGCGACAUUCAAAGUUAUCUUUGCCAGAAAAUGUAAUUGAACACCAUUAGGUGUUUGCUUACCAUAACACAUCAGUUUUUAAAUGUGUAACGUUCAAAGAUGUUAAAUUCACAUAACUAUUCAAACAAGAAGUAAAAAGCGCCGUCUGCCUUUUAAAGUUUAAUAAACCCUUCCUUAGCAUCGAUUAUAGAUUUGUCUCAGACAUCGGACAGCCAAUAAGAACUCCCUCAUCAAAACACCUCUUGUUACUCUGUGAUUUAGUUAGCUGUUUAUCGUUCCUACUGGACUGGGGACUGACGAUCGACCGACUUUCACGCUGAUGCUUUAUAUUCACAUGCAUAAAUUUCACUCAAGAUGGAUUCCCAUGCCUCCCCUCCACCAAGCGCGACGGGCGUCGGCCUCGGUUGCCACUGCUGAUGGGCGACUUUUCGUAAUUGGCGGACUUGGGGAUUCUGAGUACUUCUCGUCUGUGGAGUACUGCUAUGUACCAGAAGAGCUGUCAGAAACCGGCCAGUGGAAGGCUGAGGAAGUUGGCAGUUUUUGGCAGUCAGCAGCUCCCAUGAACAGGGCACGCUCCUUUCUGUCCGCGUGUGAACACGCCGGCCACAUCUUUGCGGCCGGCGGUCUCUCGCACAGCAGCACCGUCGUAAGGUCUGUUGAGAUGUUCCAGCCUCCAACAGUCGAGAACGCCCUUGGACAGUGGACCCUUGUACAGUCCAUGAACCAGGCCAGAGAGGAGUUCUCGCUCAUCUCCCACAAGAACAGCCUUUUUGCGUUAGGUAAGUAGUCGCAGGGUAAUUUAAAUUAUUUUCGGGAUUUGCAAAGGGGCUGAACGCGGAAAUAUGGGUCUCCCGUAUUGCAGGAGGUCUUGCCCUAAAAUUCCGGAGGGGUUAGGGUUGGGGUUGAGUUCAUGCGGAUCAGUGCUAGGGUUAAGGUAAAAAUUACGAUUUGGAUAGGGGAAGCCACUUGAAUUUUGCACGACACCACCUGUGAUACUUGAGGGAGGAUCCAUAUUUUCCUAUCCGACCUACGAAGGUUUUAAAUACCGAUGCUGCCUUUCAGUCGAAUAUAUCAAACAUCUGCUCGCUUGUAGUGAAUUUCACAUAUUCAUUUGUGGACUAGUGCUGAAGAUGGAAUAGCCUAAUGCCACUUCGCUAGUAUGCCUCUCGUCGGAAAACUAGGACGUUUUGCUAAGGAUUUGGUUUUAUUUUAAGUCCUGAAGUCUUUUUGAUAUUUCCUUAAUAUUUUAUCCGCACGACUUUAACAGCAAUCAAAUUUGAAUUGUUGCGUAGAUGGAAAGUUUUAAUCGACUGUAUCUGUAAAACAAGAUAGCAAAGUAAAAAAGUGCCUUCGCGCACAUUUGGAUCGACAAUAUUUUCAUUGAAAACCUACCUUCAGGCCACUCUCAAAAGUUAUCUCAGCCGAUCCGUUCUCAAAGACACUGACACUUAGAAGCAGAGUGAACUGGCCGGAUAGGUACUAUUUCAAAAUACUAACAGCAUUCAAUCCCCAGCGAUGCUACCAAAAGAGUUGUCGACCCUUGGAAAGGCAUAUAUCUGUUUGGCACUCCACGACUAUUUAAAAAGUGCCAUCCGAGAUAAUGAAUGAAAAUAGGAAACAAAGGUACCACGAGGUAAGCUUCUUCUAUGACCUCAGGCCAAUCCUUUCUCCUCACAGAAGGGGUGGCGAACGGCCUCAUUUGUCCAGUGUCGGUCAACUUGUCUGCCAGUUACCAUGGCACUUGCUUGCCGGGCCUUAAUUUCCCCUCGGACUGCAUUGCUCUUGACUCACGUUCAUUAUUUUGUGCACUUUUGAAAUAAAAAUCCUGAGCAGCUCCGAGAUUAUUUUGUCCAAGUCUGAGCUCCAGUCUUUCUGCUUCAUUGUCAUUCCCUCUUCAUGCUGUUGUGUUGCCGGUUCCUCACGAUUCACGAAAAUUUCACCGAUCGAAAAUAAAGUGAAGCAGGCAAUGCGCUGGUUGGUGUAGGAGUUUGUACCUUUUUUAAACUUGUGCCAAGUCGAAAACCUCCUGCACUCUACAAGCACCUAAUCACACCCUCCUUGACUGACAAAAUAUUUGAUCGGCAAGGCCUACAUUAAUCAAUAAGCGAAAAGCUACCCCUCCCAGAAAACGUCCAGCGGUUGACACUUUUCUCUUUGGAAGGUUAUGUUAAGUAUUUUGGUGGUAAACAAAGACGCCCAUUGUGCGCCCCCAAGAUUUUCCCCAAUGUAAACCCCACGCGAAUUAGACGUGUAUGAAAUGAAUCCUCUACGACGACGCUGAUUCUUCAAAGGGAAUGCUUUUAUUCACCGCCAGGUCAAUAAUUGUUUAUUAUGGUUAAUUUAACUCAGAUUCAGCUUGCCGGCUUUUUUAUGCAUUCUAGGUCAUUAUCUUCAGCCUUCGGACAGUGUGGAGCACUUUCGUCCGUCAAAUUGGCAGGUGAGGGACAGUUCAUUUGUCAUUCGUCUGGCUCGCUGCCAUCAGACAGUCAGUCAGUUUCUUGCCUGAUUUGUGCUGUACGUUCUGACCCAACUGUACUUUUCUUAGCCCUCAAGGCCACCUGAGGAACAGGAAGACGUGGACAGCUGGGAGUGGGUAGAAACUCGUUCGCCCUCUUUCAUUCAGACAAUUGAAGCGGCUGGUUCUAUUCCUUUGGAAUAUUUCGGAAGUUUUUGA